UGGUCCUAAAUCAGUGCCUUGUUUGCAGAGACUCCAUUCGUGGACUGGUACUCCACCUCCAGAGAGCGGAGCGGAGCAGAGACACACUGGUGUCAUACCUCCACAGACUUUGUUAAACAGCAGCUGGGAGAAAAAAGCCAUGAACUGUUUCAUUCUGCUGCUUUUGGGAUUGUUUCUGUCUCCUCAGCAAACACACAGCUGGAGAGAUGACAAACCAACGUGCAAGCCAGUAACAGCCAGUUUUUGUCAAGGUGUGGGAUACACCACCACCCUCCAUCCGACCGGAGCUCAGGGCUACAGCCUGCAGCAGAUCGGUCCGAUCGUGGAGACGGCCUGUUCUCCAGAGGUCGCCACGCUCAUGUGUCGCGUCGUCGUGCCUGAAUGCAGCUCAGAGGACGACAGCCGGGUGAAGCCGUGCCGAGCUCUCUGCGAGAAGGUCAAGACAGACUGUGAGUCCACCCUCAGGGCCAAGAGGUUGUCCUGGCCCUUGAGGCUCCGAUGUGAAGCUCUACCUGAGUCUAACUGUGUACAGGGUCAAAGCACCAGUGUUGCUCCAACCUCCCCUGCAUCAUGUCAGCCAAUCACCGUCCCUCUCUGCUCCAGCCUACUCUACACCGACACCGUGCUGCCUAAUCUCCUGGGCCACAGAACUCAGGAGGAGGCAGGCCUGGAAAUACAUCAGUUUGCACCACUCGUUAAAGUGGAUUGUUCUCCUCAGCUGAAGCCGUUCCUCUGCUCCGUAUACACUCCGAAGUGUGUGGCAGGGAAAGCUCAGUCUCCCUGCAGGACGCAGUGCGAGCAGGCUCGGUCCGGCUGCGAGUCGCUGAUGAGAAACUUCGGCUUCUUGUGGCCUGAGGCCCUCAGGUGUGAAGCGUUCACCACAGAGUCGUGUGAAAAUGAUCAAGAAUCCAUUUUUGCUCAAACAUUAAUGUGUCAGCCGAUCAGUGUCCCGCUCUGCCAGGACCUGCCGUACACUCAGACGGCGCUGCCCAACGCUCUGGGCCACAAAACUCAGGAGGACAUAAGCAUGGAAAUAAAUCAGUUUGUACCACUCGUUAAAGUGCAGUGUUCUCCUCAUCUGAAGCCGUUCCUCUGCUCCGUCUACACUCCUGAAUGUGUGGCAGGGAAAGUCCGGUCUCCCUGCAGGACGCUGUGUGAGCAGGCUCGGUCCGGAUGCGAGUCACUGAUGAACAAGUUCGGCUUCCUGUGGCCUGAAUCCCUCAGGUGUGACAAGUUCACCACAGAGUCAUGUGAAAACUAUGGGGUGAGCAGCAGUGGGGGGAUCUGUGAGCCCAUCACCAUCUCCAUGUGUCAGGGUCUGUCCUACAACCAGACCAUCACCCCGAACCUCCUGGGACACACAAGCCAAAGAGAAGCCGUGAUGAAGAUGUCCUUUUUUAACUCGAUAAUGCAGACCAUGUGCUCGGCGGACAUACGCCUCUUCCUUUGCAGGGUGUACGCCCCCCAGUGUGUGGCGGGGGAAGUGCAGCGGCCAUGCAGGUCUUUCUGCGAGAGGGCCAAACAGGGCUGUGAGGGUCUGUCCAGCUUCGGCGUUUCCUGGCCAGAUGAGCUGAACUGUAACACAUUCCCAGAGGAAUCGUGUGUAUCAGAAGACAGCAGGACUGAGAUGCUGAAUGCUGAAAGUCUUCUUGCCAAACUGAAUGCUGGGGGUUAUACUGUUCGUGGCAAAUCCCUGAGUCUCAGGACUGCCCGCCUCAUGUUGACUCUCAUGGAUGCAGACAGGUCCGGAGACCUGGAUGUGGAUAGGAGCUCUUCAAACUGGAGCAUUAUGUUGCAGUUGUCAGGAGGGAGUAUGUGGAGAGCUACGAGAGGAGGAACCCUCCCUCCGUCACUCAAACCCAACUGAGGAAGGCUCUGUCUGCCCAUGACUUUGGUUUGGAUGAGGAAACCUUCAGAAUCCUGUGGCACGAACACCGAUCCCAGGGUGGGAUCAACUACGAUGAAUACGUGGCUGUCAUGACAAAACUUCAGAUCCUCAAAGAUCGUUUCAGGGCUCAUCUGCUCAGUUUGCCAUGUAACUGCGAAGUCGCCAGCUUCUCUUUCCAGCAGUUCAUGAAAUCAGCCAUAAUCUGAGGAUUCAAGCAGGAGCUGAGCUGAAUGAACCAGAGGGACAUAUUUUAGAAAUUAUUAGCGUCUGUUCAGUAGCACAGAGCUGUAGACACAAAUAUAUAUAAAUCUAUUCAUCAUCUUCUUUAAUAAACCUGCAUUUUUAGAGUUUACAAAUAUUAAAGGAACACUGAACCACUUCUUA